AUGGCCCCGCGUUCUUACUCCAAGACCUACAAGGUCCCCCGUCGUCCCUUCGAGUCGGCGCGUCUUGACUCCGAGUUGAAGAUCGUCGGCGAGUAUGGUCUCCGCAACAAGCGUGAGGUCUGGCGUGUCCAGCUCACUCUCUCCAAGAUCCGUCGUGCUGCCCGUCAGCUGCUCACCAUGGAUGAGAAGGACCCCAAGCGUUUGUUCGAGGGUAACGCUCUGAUUCGCCGUCUCGUCCGUGUCGGUGUUCUCGACGAGUCCCGCAUGAAGCUCGAUUACGUCUUGGCCCUUAAGGUUGAGGACUUUUUGGAGCGUCGCCUCCAGACCUGUGUCUACAAGCUCGGCCUCGCCAAGUCGAUCCAUCACGCCCGUGUUCUUAUCAGACAGAGACACAUCCGCGUUGGCAAGCAGAUUGUGAACGUUCCUUCGUUCAUUGUCCGUCUCGACUCCCAGAAGCACAUUGACUUCGCUCUUAACUCUCCCUUCGGUGGUGGCCGCCCUGGUCGUGUCCGGAGAAAGAAGGCCAAGGCUGCUGAGCAGAAGGACGAGGGUGGUGACGAAGAGGAGGAGGAGUAG